AUGGGUUGUGUUUGUGGAAAACCCUCUUCAGCUAUCAAAGAUAGUGAGGAGAGCCCAAAGCAGAGAGAAUUGAUUAGAAAGGCAUCAAAAUUGGCUCAAAAUAUUUCGUCCAGAAGACAAGAGAGUUUUAGGGUGAAGGAGAAAUUGGAGAAUGGUGUUGUGAGAAUCGGGUCAUUUGAUAAGAAGGGGGUGAGUUUUAGGGUAAAGGAGAAGUUAGAGAAUUGUGUUGUGAGAAUUGGGUCGAUUGACAGGAAAGGGAACAGAUCAAGUAGGGUGAGGGAUGAUCACUAUGAGAAUUAUGAAGUUGGGAAUAAUUUUCCCAGUAUGGGAAGUGUUCCCAAAGCUUUAGAAGGAGAACAGGUUGCAGCAGGGUGGCCUUCUUGGCUCGUUAUGGUGGCCAGUGAAGCGAUCAGAGGAUGGAUUCCACGCAAAGCUGAUACUUUUGAAAAACUAGAUAAGAUUGGUCAAGGAACUUAUAGUAGCGUGUACAAAGGUCGUGAUCUCCUGAAUAACAAAGUUGUUGCUCUGAAAAAAGUGCGCUUCGAUAAUAUGGAUCCUGAAAGUGUCAAGUUUAUGGCAAGGGAAAUCCUCCUAUUGCGACGGCUUGACCAUCCUAAUAUAAUUAAACUAGAGGGCUUGGUCACCUCCAGAACAUCCUCUAGUUUGUAUCUUGUUUUUGAAUAUAUGGAACAUGAUCUCACUGGACUUGCUUCACUUCCUGGAGUAAAGUUUACUGAAGCUCAGGUGAAAUGUUACAUGAAACAGCUGUUGAGUGGACUUGACUAUUGCCAUAGAAAUGGUGUCCUGCAUCGAGAUAUUAAGGGUUCAAAUCUUUUAAUUGACAAUCAUGGCAUCUUGAAGAUCGCAGAUUUUGGCUUAGCAAGUUAUUUUGAUAAUCAUCAAAUUGUUCCAUUAACUAGCCGUGUUGUGACCUUGUGGUAUCGGCCACCAGAACUUUUAUUUGGAGCAACUCGUUAUGGCGUUGCUGUGGAUUUAUGGAGUACUGGUUGCAUCCUUGGGGAACUAUAUGCAGGGAAGCCUAUCAUGCCUGGAAGAACAGAGGUUGAGCAAUUGCACAAGAUUUUCAAACUUUGUGGUUCACCAUCCGAGGAUUAUUGGAGAAAAUCAAAAUUACCUCAAUCGACUGUAUUUAAACCUACUCAACCUUACAGACGGCGAAUUGCUGAACUGUUUAAGGAUAUUUCUGGUCCUGCUGUAGGCCUAAUAGAGACCUUACUUUCUAUUGAACCUGCAAGUCGAGGAACUGCAGCUGCUGCUCUCAAUAGUGAGUUCUUCACGACGAAACCAUUUGCUUGUGAUCCAUCAAGUUUGCCAAAAUACCCUCCCAGCAAAGAGAUUGAUGCAAAAUUACGCGAAGAGGAAGCUAGAAGUCAGGGAGCCCGUGGAAUUGGGGGCCAUAGGGGUGACAGUGAUGCAAGAAGAUCAAAAGAAAUGCGAGCAGUUCCAGCACCUGAUGCCAACUCUGCGUUAGCUAGGUCAAUGCAGAGAAGACAGGGCCAUCCCAAUCUAAAGAGUCGAAGUGAAGCGUUUAACCCUCACAUUGAGGAAGCUGCUUCAGGUUUUCCAAUUGAUCCACCUAGACGAUCACAGUGUUCGAAAGAAACUAGCAAAGAUGUCUUAGAUAAUCCACAAGAGAAAGUCUCUCAUUCAGGUCCACUUGUGCCAGGAAUGAGGUGGACAUUAUCUGGGAAGAAACACGAUGAUAAUUCCAUUGAUUCGGCCCGAGCUGAUUUAUCCACACUAUCUGGUUUAGUGGCAUCUAGGGCUCUGUCAUCUAUAGAACCGGGAUAUAAAUCAAAUAUUUCGGAAUCGUUUGGAUAUCCCACAAGACAACAGGAUAGGAGACGUCACAAUUACUCUUCUAGUUCCCGUCAAAUGGAAAAUGGAAGAGCUAGUACCAAGGAACCUGUCCCGGAUGGACAUGAUUCGAGAGGGAACAAGAUACAUUUCUCUGGUCCUUUACUCGUCCAGUCAAACAAUAUGGAUCAGAUGCUUAAAGAACAUGAUCGUCGGAUACAAGAAGCUGCUCGACGCCUGAGGCACGAUAAGACCAGAGCAGGUAAAGUACGGCCACACUAG